AUGGAAAACCAAACCAGCCAGUCGGAGUUCAUCUUCCUGGGCUUUCCCGGCACCGGGAAUUUCCAGACCUACCUGGUUGUCCUGUUUUCCCUGAUCUACGUUCUGACCAUCCUCGGAAACAUCUCUAUCAUCAUCUUGGUGAGGAUCCAACCCCGGCUCCACACCCCCAUGUACUUCUUCCUCUGCAACCUCUCCUUCCUGGAGAUCUGGUACACCACUGUGGGCGUCCCUAAGACCAUCGCGAUCUUCAUGGGCAAGAGCAGAACCAUCUCCUUCUCUAGCUGCAUCCUGCAGAUGUACUUCAUGUUCUCCUUGGGCUGCACCGAGCAAAUCCUUUUAUCUGCCAUGGCCUACGACCGCUAUCUGGCCAUCUGCUACCCGCUGCGCUACAGCACCCUCAUGAACACCAGCCUGUCCGCUCUGCUGGCCGGGGGGUCCUGGCUCUCUGGUUUCCUGCUUCUUUCUAUCCCGGCAUCUUUGCUAGCACAGUUGUCCUUCUGUGGCUCCAAUGUCAUCAACCAUUUCUUCUGCAGCAUUGAUUCCCUGGUUAUCCUCUCCUGCACCGACACCUCUGUCAUCGAGACGACAACUUUCAUCAUCGCCAUCAUCGUCAUCCUGGGCUCCUGCUCCAUCACCCUGGUCUCCUACGUUUACAUCAUCUCCACCAUCCUGAGGAUCCCCUCGGCCCAAGGCCGCCAAAGGGCUUUUUCCACCUGCUCAGCCCACCUAACAGUCGUGAUCAUCUGGUACAGCUCCACCAUCUUCCUCUACGUCCGGCCUUCCAAGGAGAACUUCGUGGAGAUGAACAAGGUCGUCAGCAUUUUCAACACUGUGGUGACACCGCUGUUAAACCCCUUCAUUUACACGCUGAGAAAUAAAGAGGUGAAGGAGGCUCUGUGGAAGACAUUCCGCCGGAUGUGA